AUGGAUCACUUACAUUCUCCAACACAAAAACGUCCAUUGAUAGAAGAGACGAGCUUACCUACACCCGAUACCGCACUUCCACCGUCUGAUCAGCAGACUAAACGUCUUAGACUUUUACCACCUAUUUCAGUAACUCCUCCUCAAGCACCUCCAAACACUCUUCAACCAAAAUUUCAACUUCCAAUCCCUCCAACCUUACUCGAAUCUAAUGCAACUGGCUUGUCAAAUCUUUCUUUAAAUUCCUUAUCUGCAACGGAUUCUCCAAUAUUACCAAUUGCUUCUCCUAGAGCGCCUUCAGGCCAACAAGAAUUACCUUCUAUCGAUUCUUUAGGUCCUUUACCACCGCUUCCUCAUUUCGUUUCAACCACCCCCCCUAACACAAUGUCCAUAUCAGCGAUUCUUUCAAAUAAUGAUGAACCAUUUAUUAGGAAGCUUGACAUGAAUAUCAAGGAAAUUGGAAUUGGGAAUAAUUUGACGCAACAGCAUAAUUCUCAUGAUUAUAAAAAUUUACAUCAUUUAAAUAAGGGUGAUGAAUCAUUACCUCUUUCAUUACGUUUCGAACAUUCUGUCGAUGAAAACGUAAGCGAUAUCCAUAAUGAUGAAUUAGCUGAAAAACAGACAGACAAGGAACCAGAUCAAAAUGAUAUUGAUGACGGAACGCAUGAUUUAAACUCAGAUAAUGCUGAUGAUAAUGCAAUUGAUCAUGAAAAUAAUUAUCAAAACGAAAAUAAUAGAGAAACUGGUGAAGAAGGAAAUGAAUCUGGGGAAGACAAUCAGAGCGAUGAAUUUUCAUUUGAUUAUUCCUUAUUUGAAGGGAUAAAGAGAGAGCCACACCUGAUUGUUCAAAAUGAUGAGGCAUUAAACAUGGAGGGUCGAGAAGAACGACAUCUAGGGCAUAUAAUAUACAAUCCGAAAGAAAUAUUACCACCCUUAGAAUUUCAUGAGAAUGGUUUGUUAGAAGUAUGGAUUUCUUCUAAACAUUUGACGUGGAAAAACAAUAAAGUUAGAAGCCAUUUUCUAUGGGGUACAGAUGUUUACACAGAUGAUUCAGAUAUUAUUGCAGGACGUUACAUCCCUCCACCGUCCAAUUCACCUAAUUAUCCGGAUUACGAUCUUUGUGCUACAAUAAGGGUUUUACCAAAAUUGGUUCAGUAUACGGCGACUGUACGAAAUCAAUAUCAAAGUCGAUCAUGGGGCAAUCAUCAUGGUGUUAGUUAUAAAAUUGAAAAUGUUCGCAAAAUGAAGAACGGAGAAGCUAUUGGACGAUCAAUAGGCCAUGGCAGAAAAGAACGCCUUCGAAAGUUUCAUAAAAUGAGAAAACGUGCAUUUGAAGAAAGUGAACUUAACCAAAGCGAUGAUCCUGUUAUUGUUUUCAACAACGAAGGGGAUCCAUGCUUUAAGUAUACCCCUCAAUUAAUGGCGGACGAUGAAUUCGUGAGAAAACGACUUAGAAAUGAAGUAAUGUAUUUGGAGAAUGACGAUGAACGUUAUGAAAUAUCCUAUGAUGAGACUAAAGAUAAAUAUCGUUUUGCAAUUGUAUCAUCCUCCGUACAUUUGGGACCGCCAGUACCAUUAAAGGAUCAAGAAAGCUCUCCCAAUAAAAUACAGAUAUUCCCUUUGCCUUCAAGCUUGGAAGAUUCAUUUCGUGAUGAUUUGGAUUAUCACGAAAUGACUUGGAAUAUUGUGGGUGUAAUCGUUGCAGACAAAACCAACCCGUUACAUAGUUUACUAUGUAUUUCUAAACGUGUAUUUUGGCGUGAUCGAACUGUAUGA